AAUCAGUUUACCCCGAGCCCUCGCACUAAGUGGUUGGUUUACUCAAAUCCGAUCUCAGUUCUGAAAUAAAUUCUUUUAAAAGGGCAUUUCUUUCAAAUGCUUUGCGUCAAAAGUGCCAGUAAUUAUACAAACUAUACAAGUUCAAAUAUGCCUAUACAUGCAAAUUAAACUAAUAAUAUAUGUGUGCUUAAGCUGUUUUGGGUUCUUAUCAAGAACGCCGCAAAGCGAAUCCAAAAAACUAGUGUGUUUCAAGCGGCCACAUUGAGUGGAGGCAAAGACUUACAAAAAUGAGUUCCUUCGACCACGUUUCCAGCACACCACCACCUUCCUAUGAGGAGGCCAUGGGCUGGCGACCUCGCAGCUCGCAGAGCACCGCGAUGCUGUUCCCGCAGGGCAACCCUUUGGUCAUGAUCUGUCCACGGUGCCACGACGAGAUCGAGACGAGCUCAAAGGUGCGGCGCGGAAAGCUCGCCUAUGUGGCCUCGGGCAUAGUGCUGUUCACCACCUGCGGCAUGGGUUGCUGGCUGAUUCCCUGCAUCCUCGACGCCUUCAACGAAGUCCACUACUCGUGCCCCGUCUGCAAGACGACCCUGAGUAUUGUGCCCCAAGAUCAGAGCUGGCCAAGCUAGGCACUCGUUCGAAAUGGACAGAGUGCGCGCUUUCAAUUAUGUUAAGGAUUAUUUAACGCUGUUCCUCAAAACUACGUGGACACCACAAACUGAAGCAGGAACAUAGCCCUAAGCUAGCUCUAAGUUCAUACAGAACUGGGCUGAAUAAACCUCAAAUCAAUACAUUAAA